AGUUUAACUCCCGUAUUUUGUUGUUGGAUCUCACAGGAAAAUUUUCAUAACACCUGAGGGAGAAGUGCGGGAAAGUUAAACAUUUGGAUUUAUAGGUAACUGAGUAUGCUCUCAAAAUGAGCAUACUUUGAACAGAAAUCUGAAAUGGCCAUCGUAGCUCUCGUGUAGUGACUCGUAGUGAGCAAUAUUUUGUUUUUCAGAACUACUACUAAUCGAUGGUUAACUGCUCGGUUUCGAAUCUUUUAUUAAUAUACCUGUUUUCUUUCGUGUCGAAACAAGAUUGCAUCUAAUCUACAAACUAUACGCUAUAACGUUACAUCUUCAAACAAUCCACUUUAUUUAAACGAUACAGUGGUUACUUUAGCAGAUGGUAGUGUUGUCAAAUACACUAUAACUGCUACUGGUGUUGCAUAUGUUUCUUCUAUACGUAAGCGAUGCCAUUAUUCAUCCACUGAAAAGAAAAAAUGUGUUUCUUUUGUUUAGCGCCAUAUACCGGUUCCGAUACAAUAGCUGCAUCAUCAACCUGUUCUGUUCCAACAAAUUCUACAUGGAAUAAUACGGGUAACACAAUUCAAUUCGGAGUUUAUUCAACUGGUGUCUUUCUCGAUUCUAACGAUACGGCUUACAUCGCCGACAGAAAUGGUAAUCAAAUAUUAAUACUCUUGAAAGGUGCAAGCAGUGCUACUGUUCUUGCGAAUGCUUCUAACCCAUACGACAUUGUUGUUGAUACAAGUGGAAAUGUCUAUAUCGCUCAAGAUGGUGUGCCACAAAUUCUGAAAGUAUGGACCAACGGUUCUAUGUCAACAUUUACAAAUAUCAGCGGCUCAGACGACUACUAUGCCUCAUAUGGUUUAGCUAUUGAUUCAAGCAAUAACAUUUAUAUAUCGGAUUCAUUUGCUAAUCGUAUACUAAAACUGUCGUCCACAGGAAGUGGCAAUGCAACGGUUGUAGCCGGUGGAAAUGGAUAUGGCAAUGCUAGCAAUCAACUGAAUUUCCCUACUUCUCUUGCUGUUGAUGCUAAUGGAAGCCUCUACAUACUAGACGCGGGUAACAAUCGAAUUCAGAAGUGGUUAUCGGGUGCUACAAUGGGCACAACACUGUUAACAAUACUAGUAGCAAUCGGAGUUCUAACAGUCGAUUGUAACAACUAUCUUUAUGUCGGUAAUGGUACAACUAUUCUUCGAUUUCCACCCGAUUCCGAGAUUGGAACAACUGUAAUUUCGGGUCUAUAUUAUCCAACAUCAAUGAAGUUUGACUCGGAAGUAAACAUCUAUAUAAAGGAAGCAGAAAAAAAGGAAAAAGGAAAAAAGACAAUCGGAGUUGAAACGAAGUUGUGA